AUUAAAAAAUCUUAUAAUCUCCCAAAUCCUAGCUUCUCUCUCCAUGACCAGCUCCACCUUUGCUAGGGUUUCUCAAAAUUCAACCAGAAGCUCAAUAAUGGAUCAUCACUGGAGGCCAAUGCCUCCGUCUCAAGGUAACAUUUGCCCCGUUUGCUCUGUUUCUCAUUUCCCAUUUUGCCCUCCUCACCCUCAUCCUCCCUAUCCUCCUCCUUUCCCUCCAUACAAUCAAUAUCCUAGAUUCCCAUUGCAUCCAGAUUACCCGCGUUCCGACCCAUACCAUGCGGGCGUGCCCAGCCCGUACGUGGUCAAUCCAAACGAAGUUUGGCAUAGAAACCAUAGUUUCGAUUACAGGGAAGGAUUUGCGCAGGCGGAGUAUGAUUACAACAAUAGUAGUAGUAAUGGCUAUGUUGGAGAGGGAGAUAGGAGAUAUAAGCGACCUAGGGUUGACGAGGUUGGAUCGGCUGUAUUUGGCCACGAGAAUAAUCAAAAUCCCGCGAAGAGCUUAUCCGACGAUGAGCGUAGAUUGAAGUUGAUUCGCGAUCAUGGCGGGGCUUCAAGUGAGAAUUCGACAAAUUUUCGUUAUAAUUCUGAUUUGAAUGCAAGUUGUGCUAGGAAUGAAGAUAUGAAUAAUCACUCCGAGUAUUCGAGGAACGGGGAGGCUGGUCCUUUCCAGAGUGAUGGAGGCAGCAUGUAUAGUCCUUUCCAGCCAAAUGGUCCGAAGCAGCAGGCAUAUGAAUCUUAUGGCGACGUUACUUUGCCACAGGCUCAGUUUAAUGAUUCAAUAUCAGCGAAGAGGUCUCAAUAUUCUCAUAUGAAUAACUGGCUGGACCAUCGGCCUCCACAACCUUAUGGAAUGCCUAAUUAUAUGAGAAAUGAUUAUCAAUCCCCUGGUCAAGAGCCAGUAGGUUACUUGCCUUACCCUGAUAACAGGGGAUAUAGUGCCCAGCCUCCUCCUCCGCCACCGCUUCCUCCUUCACCGCCUCCUCCUAUUCCGCCAUUGCACCAUUUAUCAGAGUUUAAAUCCUACUCUUCGCCGCCAAAAACUUCCUUGUUUCCAGUUCCUAUUGGUUCCUCUGCGACUAAUCCCUUUUUGCAGAAUAAGCAUCUUUCACAUGCUACAGCUGCCUUUUCUUCAGAGGAAUGGCAAACGUCAUCUCUGCCAAAGCGGUUAUCUCCAGAUAAGCCUACUAUCGUUGAUGCUUCCCAAUUGUUUAAGCAGCCUUUUCGGGCUUCCCGUCCUGAUCAUAUUGUCAUAAUCCUUCGAGGCCUUCCAGGUAGUGGUAAGAGCUACUUAGCAAAGAUGAUGCGUGACCUGGAGGUUGAAAAUGGUGGUAAUGCCCCACGAAUUCAUUCAAUGGAUGAUUACUUCAUGACUGAAGUUGAAAAGGUUGAGGAUGAUGCUUCAAAAUCUUCAAGCUUGGGUAGAGGCAAGAAACCUGCUUUGAAGAAGGUCAUGGAGUAUUGUUAUGAACCUGAAAUGGAAGAGGCUUAUCGAGACAGCAUGUUGAAAGCAUUCAAGAAGACCCUUGAGGAGGGAAUUUUCAGGCUUGUUAUUGUGGAUGACCGCAAUCUGCGGGUAGCUGAUUUUGCUCAGUUUUGGGCAAUUGCGAAGAGAUCCGGCUAUGAGGUUUACAUAUCAGAAGCUACAUAUAAAGACCCUGUGGGCUGUGCAGCUAGGAAUGUACAUGGUUUCACUCUAGAUGAAAUAAAAAGCAUGGCUGAGCAGUGGGAGGAAGCUCCAGUAUUGUACUUGCAACUGGACAUCAAGUCAUUAUUCCACGGGGAUGACCUGAAGGAAAGUGGAAUUCAAGAGGUUGAUAUGGAUACCGAAGAUGGUAAUGGUGAUGACAAUCCACAUGGAUUGCAGGAAAGAAAGACAGUGAAGAAUAUAGACCCUCCCUUGGAGGAUGAUGCACCUCAAGUUCUUCCAAAAGAUGGGAAGAGAUGGGGUGUUGAAGAGGACCAUCCCACACAAGGAGUGAAAGAGUUGGGUAAAAGUAAAUGGUCAAAUGAUUUAGAUGAAGAUGAUAUUGAAGGAUCUGAACGCAUGAAGGGCAAUUUAAAUGCUCUUUCCGGGUUAAUUCAGGCCUAUGGAAAGCAGGGAAAAUCUGUGCGUUGGAGUGACCAGGUUGGCAAUACUGGUUUUUCUAUAGGUGCAGCAAAGAAGGCACAAAUGCUAUCGUUGGUGAUUGGACCAGGUGCUGGAUACAACUUGAAGUCCAACCCAUUGCCUGAAGACGAGGCCAUAACAACAGCCAAAGCUGAGUCACGGAGGCAAAGUGCAUUUCAAGAACGAUUACGCGCUGAGCACGAGUCCUUUAAAGCUGUUUUUGAUAAGAGGAAACGGCGGAUUGGUAGGCUUGAUUUAGAGGAGGAAUACUAACUGUAGUAGAAAAUUCCUCCAAGUAAUUUUUGAUACUCUGAUUUUUUUUUUUUUUUCAAUUUAUUCUUUACAGGGGUAAAGGCUGUUUGUAAUUGUUAGAUUCAUGAGGGAAAAUGUAGUACAGUUCCCCUUGCUGUCAGUGUAAUCAAUGCAAAACUGAAACUGUUCAAUUGGUAAAGUAAAAUGUCUUUCAUCA